AUGGCGGAGAAUACAGAGGCAGCGAAACCAAUGCCGGCGGCGGAGAAGAAGAAGGAGCAGAGCUUACCCUUUUAUCAGCUCUUCUCAUUCGCUGACAAGUACGAUUGGGCUCUCAUGAUCUCCGGAAGCUUAGGAGCCAUCGUUCAUGGCUCUUCCAUGCCCGUCUUCUUUCUUCUCUUCGGCGAAAUGGUCAAUGGUUUCGGCAAAAACCAAUUGGAUUUGAAAACUAUGACCCAUGAAGUAUCAAAGUAUGCUUUGUAUUUCGUCUAUCUUGGGUUGAUUGUAUGCGUAUCCUCAUACGCAGAGAUUGCUUGUUGGAUGUAUUCUGGGGAGAGACAAGUGGGUACGUUGAGGAAGAAGUAUUUGGAGGCAGUGUUGAAACAGGACGUUGGCUUCUUUGAUACAGAUGCUAGAACAGGUGAUAUUGUUUUCAGUGUCUCCACAGACACUCUGCUUGUGCAAGAUGCCAUUAGUGAGAAGGUGGGAAACUUCAUCCAUUACCUCUCCACUUUCUUGGCGGGACUGGUGGUUGGUUUUGUGUCAGCAUGGAGAUUAGCUUUGCUUAGUGUGGCAGUGAUUCCAGGAAUUGCCUUUGCCGGUGGUUUGUAUGCGUAUACGCUCACAGGUCUCACAUCCAAGAGUCGGGAGUCAUAUGCGAAUGCUGGGGUUAUUGCUGAGCAGGCCAUUGCACAAGUUAGGACAGUUUACUCGUACGUUGGCGAAAGCAAGGCUCUAAAUUCCUAUUCGGAUGCAAUACAACACACAUUGAUGCUUGGAUACAAGGCUGGGAUGGCCAAAGGCUUGGGUCUGGGAUGUACUUAUGGAAUAGCAUGCAUGUCAUGGGCCCUAGUCUUUUGGUACGCCGGUGUUUUCAUCAGAAACGGACAGACAGAUGGCGGGAAGGCAUUCACCGCUAUCUUCUCUGCCAUUGUUGGGGGCAUGAGCUUAGGUCAAUCUUUUUCGAAUCUUGGAGCGUUUAGCAAAGGCAAAGCAGCUGGAUAUAAGUUAAUGGAGAUUAUUAAGCAGAAACCAACCAUAAUUCAAGAUCCUUUGGAUGGAACGUGCUUAGCUGAGGUUAACGGGAACAUAGAGUUCAAAGAUGUAACCUUCAGCUACCCAUCGCGUCCUGAUGUUAUCAUAUUUAGGGAUUUCUCAAUUUUCUUCCCUGCGGGAAAGACAGUUGCUGUUGUUGGAGGUAGUGGAUCAGGAAAAAGCACUGUUGUCUCCUUGAUGGAAAGGUUCUAUGAUCCUAAUCAGGGGCAAAUUUUACUUGACAAUGUUGACAUAAAGACACUACAGCUGAGGUGGUUGCGUGAUCAAAUUGGUCUGGUGAAUCAAGAGCCUGCUCUGUUUGCUACCACCAUCCUUGAGAACAUAUUCUACGGAAAGCCUGAUGCAACAAUGGCCGAAGUAGAAGCCGCUGCUUCUGCUGCUAAUGCGCAUAGUUUCGUUACAUUGCUUCCUAAUGCGUAUAACACGCAGGUGGGAGAAAGAGGAGUCCAGCUCUCUGGUGGUCAAAAACAGAGAAUUGCAAUUGCAAGAGCGAUGUUGAAAAACCCAAAAAUCCUUCUCCUUGACGAAGCAACGAGUGCCCUUGAUGCAGGUUCAGAGAGCAUUGUUCAAGAAGCUCUAGACCGCCUCAUGGUUGGCAGGACAACCGUAGUGGUCGCUCAUCGCCUCUCUACAAUAAGAAACGUUGAUUCAAUUGCAGUCAUACAGCAAGGACAAGUUGUUGAGACAGGAACACAUGAAGAACUGAUCGCGAAAACCGGGGCAUAUGCUUCGUUAAUCCGAUUCCAAGAAAUGGUGGGAAACAGAGACUUGGCGAAUCCUUCAACCCGGCGUUCACGCUCAUCGCGACUAAGCCAUUCACUUUCAACAAAAUCUCUGAGCCUGCGCUCGGGCAGUUUGAGGAAUCUGAGCUAUUCAUACAGCACUGGUGCAGAUGGUCGGAUAGAGAUGGUUUCGAACGCUGAAACAGAGAGGAAAAACCCGGCACCAGAUGGGUACUUCUGUCGGCUUCUCAAGCUGAAUGCUCCAGAAUGGCCUUAUUCCAUAAUGGGAGCUGUAGGAUCAAUUCUCUCCGGUUUUAUCGGUCCCACAUUCGCCAUUGUGAUGAGCAACAUGAUCGAGGUGUUCUACUACUCAAAUCCUGCAAGCAUGGAGAGGAAGACAAAGGAGUAUGUUUUCAUUUAUAUCGGGGCAGGUCUUUAUGCGGUGGUAGCGUAUUUGAUUCAGCAUUACUUCUUCAGUAUUAUGGGUGAGAAUCUCACUACAAGAGUGAGGAGGAUGAUGCUUGCAGUAAUUCUGAGGAAUGAAGUUGGAUGGUUCGAUGAGGAGGAACACAACUCUAGCCUGGUAGCAGCUCGGUUAGCUACAGACGCUGCGGAUGUGAAAUCGGCCAUUGCUGAGAGGAUCUCUGUGAUAUUGCAAAAUAUGACAUCCCUCCUCACUUCGUUUAUAGUUGCUUUUGUGGUGGAAUGGAGGGUCUCCCUUCUCAUCUUGGCCACCUUCCCUCUUCUUGUCCUAGCCAACUUUGCUCAGCAACUCUCUCUCAAAGGGUUUGCUGGUGACACAGCCAAGGCUCAUGCCAAGACAAGCAUGAUUGCAGGGGAGGGAGUGAGCAACAUUCGAACCGUUGCAGCCUUCAAUGCUCAAGAGAAAGUCCUAUCCCUAUUCUGCUAUGAGCUCCGUGUCCCACAGCUCCGAAGCCUUCGCCGAAGCCUUACUGCUGGUGGCCUCUUUGGGCUUUCUCAACUUGCUCUCUAUACCUCCGAAGCUCUCAUUCUCUGGUACGGUGCCAACCUUGUUCGCAAAGGAAUGUCCACCUUCUCAAAGGUUAUCAAGGUUUUCGUGGUCUUAGUCAUCACAGCCAAUUCAGUAGCCGAAACUGUUAGCCUUGCCCCCGAGAUAAUCAGAGGCGGUGAAGCUGUCGGCUCUGUUUUUUCAAUCCUAGACCGUUCAACCAAGAUUGACCCAGAUGAUCCAGAUGCCGAGCCAGUUGAAUCAAUCCGAGGGGAAAUUGAACUUCGCCACGUCGACUUUGCGUACCCAGCACGGCCUGACGUGAUUGUUUUCAAGGAUUUCAACCUUAGAAUCCGAGCAGGACAGAGCCAAGCGCUUGUCGGAGCCAGUGGUUCUGGAAAGAGUUCUGUAAUUGCAUUGAUCGAAAGAUUCUACGACCCUUUAGCUGGUAAAGUCAUGAUUGACGGGAAAGACAUUCGCCGGUUGAACCUAAAGUCCCUCAGGCUUAAAAUCGGAUUGGUGCAGCAAGAGCCUGCUCUAUUUGCCGCUAGCAUAUUCGACAACAUUGCAUACGGGAAAGAAGGAGCAACAGAAGCAGAGGUCAUCGAAGCAGCUAGGGCAGCACACGUGCACUCGUUCGUUAGUGGAUUGCCCGAUGGGUACAAAACCCCGGUUGGAGAGAGAGGGGUUCAGCUUUCCGGAGGACAAAAACAGAGGAUUGCAAUUGCACGUGCCGUUCUCAAGGACCCGGCAAUACUACUUUUGGAUGAGGCUACUAGUGCGCUUGAUGCAGAGUCUGAGUGUGAAUUGCAAGAAGCACUCGAGAGGCUAAUGAGGGGUCGCACCACCGUGCUUGUGGCUCACCGUUUGUCAACAAUUCGGGGAGUGGAUAGCAUCGGGGUGGUACAAGACGGGCGGAUUGUGGAGCAAGGAAGUCAUGUCGAGCUCAUCAGCCGGCCAGAGGGGGCUUAUUCUAGGCUUUUGCAGCUGCAGCACCAUCACAUAUGAAAAAAAAGAAAGAAAAAAAAAAGACAGUUUUGAUUGUAGCAGCAAGAUGGCCUUUGUGGUGGGUUGGUAACUAUGUUUUGGGUUGAGUCCCAUUAACCUUUGCUUAUUGCUUUCAUUUUCACUCUUGAAUAGUUGUAGAUAUGGGGAUGUGAUUGAAGAAGACUAUAUAUUAUAUUAUAUUAUAUCCGAUAAGUCUCUCUCCUCCAUUCCCAAUGGAGAUGCAAUAUGUUGAAUUAUUAAUAUCAAUGGUGCAACACAAGCCUUGUGUUUGGUUAGGCCAAUUGUUCUCA